AUGUCGAUUCAAUUACGUGAUGGUCUAGCGGACCAACCACUAGACCGUGUCCUUGAAGACCUCCUAGUUAGAUUUGUCGUCAAUGUUCCACAAGAAGACUUGUCCUCCAUUGAACGGAUCUUCUUUCAAGUUGAAGAGGCACAAUGGUUUUAUAGUGAUUUCAUCCGACAAAUGAAUCCUAGUUUACCAGCAAUGAAGAUGAAAUUGUUCAGUGGUCACAUAUUAGAGAAAUGUCCCUUGAUUUGGAAAUGGGGCGAUCCAGAAAAUGCCCUUUCCCGAUUCGGGAAAUACAAACUGACCAUCCCCGUUAGAGGAGUAGCAUUGUUAAACCACGAUUUGACAAAGGUUGUGUUGGUGAAGGGAACCGAAUCCAACGCAUGGUCUUUCCCUAGAGGAAAGAUCUCCAAGGGUGAAUCUGAUAUAGAAUGUGCCAUUCGUGAAGUUGAAGAGGAAACUGGAUUCAAUUGCCGUGAUUUGAUCAACGAAAAUGACUUUAUAGAACGUACAAUCAGAGGAAAAAACUAUAAGAUUUACCUCGUCAAGAAUGUCGAUGAACUGACGAAUUUCCUGCCGGCUACUCGAUUUGAAAUUAGUAAGAUUCAAUGGCAUGACAUCAAAUCAUUGCAAAAGAAUUGCAAUAAGAAUCCAAACAAUUAUUUCAUUGUGGGUACGGUAUUCAAACCAAUGUUACGAUGGAUCAACAAGAACAAGACCGAUGUCACUGAAGAAGAACUUAUGAUGAAAGCAGAAAUCAAAUUGAAACGUUUGUUAGGAUUGGAUAAGGAUAUAGAUGCCGGCAGGAAAUUAAUGGAUAUGGUGAAGGCAUCCUCGACUACUGCCACCGCUGCCAACUCAAUAUCCACUAAUAAUGUUAGCACUCCACAACCAGUUGUUCCCGUGCCUAUACAUCAACAAGUUCCUAUGUUUGGGCCACCUAUCCCACCACCAUUCCCCAUCUACAAUAGCAUUCCACUCCCUCUGCCAUAUCCUAUGGGAAUGACUCCAGUUCCUCCUCAUCAAUUACCACCACCAACACAAGAAAGAAAUUACUUAACUCCAAAUCCACAGACAUUAGUUAAGCCAACAAUUAAAUCAGGCAGUGCCAAUUCCAAGGAAUUGUUGUCUUUAUUAACAAAGAAAGCUGAUAAAGUACAAAUCAAACCUGAAGAUGAACCAAAAAGUAAUCCAACAGAAAAUGAAAAUGUUAAACAGGCAUUACUUGAUGUUCUCCACAAGGAACCUAAAUCAUUCUUGAAUAUCCAACCCAAACCUUCAAACGAAAUUGAAGAAUCACUUCAAAAGAAGCCUACUCAACCAGGAAAGAUAACCUUGUUGAAACGUGAUGGAACCCAUUCCAAGAAUAAGAAAUCGAUGGAGUUGAUGAGUAUGUUAGGCGGCAAACCCAAGAAUGAAACCCAACCUCCUGAACCUGUAACUUCACCUGGAAAAGAACUUCUUUCGAUUCUCAACAAAUCAAAGUCGCCUGAACAAGCCCCAGCCGGCCACGUUAAACCAUCAGCGGGAGCUGAACUUCUUGGCCUCCUCAACAAAUCAAAGACACCUGAACAUCCCCCAAGUAACCAAGUUAUUAAACCAUCAGCUGGAGCUGAGCUUCUUGGUCUUCUUAAUAAGAAAUCUCCAACUGAGCCACAAUCCCUUGAUUUAAGUAAUCAAGCUCAGCCUCGAAAGUCGGUGACCUCACCAGGAGCAGAACUUCUUGGAAUCCUCAAUAAGAACAAAUCGCCAAUCUCCCCUACACUCGAGCAAACCCUUGAUUUUUCUAAUCAAGCCGAAUUGGCCCAACUUACAAAACAAGCUACCAGAACUUCCAAUUUCGAAGAUUUUGAAGAUUUUGAAGAUGGCUAUGACUUUGAUCCCGAUCAUCACCAGCCAGGAGGGUUCCGUAAUUUUGAUAUUGCCAGUGAUGAAGAAGAUGUUGAUCACUUGAUUGAUCCAAUCACUACUGAAUCUCAUGGAUUCUUCCCCUCGCCUAAAGCGCCUACCAAGAUUAGAAUAUUAAAACGUGAGGAUCCUGCACCUGCGGGGUUCUCAUUGAAUGGAGCAAAACCAGACCUGUCAGCCGGCACGAAUGCUGAGGGACAAGGAUUAUUGGCGUUAUUAAAAGGUGGUAAACAGGAACAUCCUAACCCAGCACCAAUUUCAUUAAGUACUACUCAGAUUAAAUCCGACGCUCAUAAACGAUCUGCUGAUUUUCUUAAGGAUUUACUUAAAAGAUGA